AUGUCGAUGUUCGGAGAGGAUAAAGAGAGCGAAUACGGGCAUGUGAAGAAGGUGUCCGGCCCCGUCGUGGUGGCGGACAACAUGUACGGUGCGGCGAUGUACGAGCUCGUCCGCGUCGGGGGCGACCAGCUCAUUGGCGAGAUCAUCCGCCUGGAGGGCGAGACCGCGACGAUCCAGUGCUACGAGGAAACCUCGGGGCUCACCGUGGGAGACCCCGUGCAGCGCUCGCGGCAGCCGCUGUCCGUGGACUUGGGACCGGGCGUCAUGGGGAACAUUUUCGACGGGAUUCAGCGACCCCUGAAGACCAUCGCGGACGUGUGCGGUGACUGCUUCAUCCCCAGAGGAAUCAACGUGCCCGCGCUGGACCUGAAGCGCGCGUGGGAGUUUAAUCACCCGACGGGCAAGAACGGAGCGUUCAAGGUGGGCGACCUCAUAUCCGGCGGCGACAUCUUCGGCAUCGUCCCGGAGAACAACCUGAUCGAGCACAGGAUCAUGCUCCCGCCCAACGCGCGCGGGCGGAUCACCUACAUCGCCCCCCCCGGCGAGUACGACCUUCGGGACAAGGUCAUCGAGCUGGAGUUCAACGGGGUUAAGAAAUCGUACACGAUGCUGCAGCAGUGGCCCGUGCGAGCCGCCAGGCCCACGGCCGAGAAGCUCCCGGCCAAUCACCCGCUCCUGACCGGGCAGAGGGUCCUGGACGUGAUGUUCCCGUCGGUGCUCGGAGGCACGUGCGCCAUACCCGGAGCCUUUGGCUGCGGCAAGACGGUGAUCUCGCAGGCGCUGUCCAAGUACUCCAACAGCGACGGGAUCGUGUACGUGGGAUGCGGCGAGCGCGGGAACGAGAUGGCGGAGGUUCUCGCCGAGUUCCCCGAGCUGACGAUGACGUUACCCGACGGCUCCGAGGAGAGCAUCAUGAAGCGGACGACGCUGGUUGCGAACACGUCCAACAUGCCCGUCGCCGCGCGAGAGGCGUCCAUCUACACCGGCAUCACCCUCGCCGAGUACUUCCGCGACCAGGGAUACAACAUCUCCAUGAUGGCCGACUCCACGUCGCGAUGGGCGGAGGCGUUGAGGGAGAUCUCCGGGCGCCUGGCCGAGAUGCCCGCCGAUUCCGGUUAUCCUGCGUACUUGGGCGCCAGGCUGGCGAGCUUCUACGAGCGAGCGGGGCGGGUGCGGUGCCUGGGCUCCCCGGGCCGCGAGGGCUCCGUCACCAUCGUCGGCGCGGUGUCUCCCCCGGGUGGGGACUUUUCGGAUCCCGUCACGUCCGCGACGUUGGGCAUCGUGCAGGUGUUCUGGGGCCUGGACAAGAAGCUGGCGCAGCGCAAGCACUUCCCGUCCGUCAACUGGCUCAUCUCGUACAGCAAGUACAACAACGCGCUGGAACCCUUCUACGAGAAGACCGACCCGGAGUUUCUCAGUCUGAGGGCGAAGGCUCGCGAGGUUCUGCAAAAGGAGGACGAGCUCAACGAGAUUGUGCAGCUCGUGGGCAAGGAUUCGCUGGCGGAGUCUGACAAGAUCACCCUCGAGACGGCCAAGUUCCUGAAGGAGGAUUUCCUGCAGCAGAACUCGUUCACCGCCUACGACAAGUACUGUCCCUUCUACAAGUCCGCCGGGAUGCUCCGGAACAUCGUCAGGUUUCACGACCUCGCCAACGCCGCGGUGGAAAAGACGGCAAACGCCGACGGCGCCAAGAUCACCUACAACGUCGUCCGCGCGCGAAUGGGCGACCUGAUGUACAGGAUCGCGAGUCAGAAGUUUGAGGAUCCGGCGACGGGGGAGGAGGCGGUGACGCACAGGCUGGACGAGCUCGGGCGCGACCUGGCGGCGGCGUUCCGGCAGCUCGAGGACGAGUUCAGGUGAGAGCGAAUGGCGCGUUGUUAGCUUUUUUUCUCCGGGCCGACGCAAUACGGACAAACGGGAACUAGACGAUGUCAAAUAGCGAAAUCUCUCCAAACGUUCACG